CGUCACAUGGACAGAUUGUCCAGCAUGGGCAUUCACCGAAGACUUAUAGAACAUUGGGUCCUUCAUCUGAGCGACGCCCUGUCACCAAUUCCUGGCUCAAUAAAUCCGUUGAAACGCAUCUUCGUCCCCAUUGCUUAUGAGGGUGCUAUGUCUCCGGCGUCGACAUCGACUGGAUCGGUGGCUUUAUUCUACCUCGUGUGCUCGGCUUCCGCUUUCCACAUAUCAGCUCACAUGGAAGAUGAUAUGGAAAAGUCCGAGUUCAUGAAAUUAGCACUUAGUCACCAAAAUGAAGGGCUUCGCCACCUCCAACAUAGUUUGUUGGUAGACGAUCCGAGUCAAACAGAGCCUGUCUUGGCAUCACUACUCAUGUGUCUGACGUAUGAACCAGCUACCGUCGAAAGAAACUUUUGGCUCGUUCACCUACAGGGGGUGUCCCGGUGGCUUCAAAUAACCAAAAUCCAUGAUUGGGCACAUGGCGAGUCUGCUGCCAUUCUCUAUCAAAUGCUUGUCGGCACGGCGGUAUUUUUACGUUCACAACUUCUAUCGGAGAAAAUCUCACAGGAUGAAAACUUCCAUUUUGAUAUCACAGCGUUGUCAGGACCCUAUCAUCUUCUACACAUCUUCGGGCUUCCGAAAAGGUCACUAGAGAUGAUCAAUAAAAUGAUCUCAAUGGUUGUCAGCUUUCGUCACCAGUCCCCCAACGACGGCCGAGGCGUCCCGCUGCUGAGUCCCGACCUGGACCGAGUGGAGAUGGAGCUGUACUUAUCUAUGCCUCCGGAUGUCCACACCCCAAGAGCAACCCCCGAGCAGAACACUAUGAUUCAUCAUUACUCACAGAUAUUCUAUUAUGGUUCAAUCAUCUACUGUAAACGAUGUUUGAGGGGUUUGCCUCUGAAAAAUGUUCAGUCCUUAGUAAAGGAGGCUUUUCAUCACAUCGAGGCCCUGGCAAAGUUCACUGGCCAUCCCUUUUCUCCAGUCUUGUGGCCCAUUGCAAUCGUGUUCUUCGAAACACAAGAUGCCCAUCUACGCACGAGAGCAAUAGCCUGGCUUGAUUUCAUCAUGGAACACUCCACUAUCUCCUUGUGGCAAAAGGCUAAACCCCUUAUUAUUUCCCUAUGGGAACAAAGAAAGGUUAUCGGCCAGGAAGAAAUGCAAUGGGACAUUUUUUUGAGUGACCCAUCCACUCCCAGUAUCAUGCUGGUCUGA